AUGAAGUUCACCGUCGCCUCCCUCGCCAUCGCCAUCGCUAGUUUCGCAAACCUAGCCGUCGCCGACAACUGCACACCAGGCGUUCGUUAUUGCGGCUUCAAUCUACUCCAGAAGGGAGACUACCACAGAACAAUUGAAAUAGAACUCAUAGCAAUGGGGGAACCCACAACCGAAGACUCCAUCAACAACUCACUCUUCCUUUGCAGAACACGAAAUGAUGGGGCUAUCUACUUCAUGAGGCACUGCAAUAAUAGCGUUUGCAACGAUGGUGGGCCUGGGAAUAACGAUUACUGUGGCUAA